AUGACAGCUACCGAGGAAAUCAAGGCAGGCAUUGAUGUCUUUGUCGAGAAGUCAUCCAGGAGACUUGAGGAGAUUUGGGAAAACCCUGAGCUGGCUUACGAAGAACAUAUCGCACACGAUACAAUGUGUGCAGUUCUUGAGGAGAACGGAUUCGAAGUAACUCGCCAUGCCCAUGGACUUGACACGUCUUUCGAAGCCAGCUUUGGAUCUGGUGGUCGCUUGAUGAUCUUCUGUGCGGAGUAUGAUGCUUUGCCUGACAUUGGUCAUGCAUGUGGACAUAAUCUUAUCGGUGUCGCAAGCUUGACGGCCUUUCUGGCUCUGGCCUCUGUUCUCAAGGUGACCGGCCAACCUGGAAGAAUUCGGAUUCUGGGUACACCUGCUGAGGAGCAUGGUGGUGGCAAGCUCGAUUUGCUCAAAGCGGGAGCUUUUGAAGGAGCGGAUGCAGCCUUAAUGUCUCAUCCAAUGCCGAGCCAUUACUAUCAUGACACACAUGGUGUUGUUGGAGCAGCUGGUGCUCGUCUUGUUGCAAAACAGUCAAAGCUCGCUGAGUACAGAGGGAGAACUGCUCACUCGGCCGCUAAUCCAUGGGAUGGCAUCAAUGCACUAGACGCUGUUGUGGCCGGAUACAACAAUGUUUCUCUACUACGACAGCAGAUGAAUCCCACACAACGGCUUCAUUGCGCUAUUAUCGAUGCCCCCAAAAGAACCAACAUCAUAGCAGGUCAAACUUCUAUUGCCUGGCAGUGUCGUUCCCCCAAAAUGAAUGACUUGCAAUCCUUAACGGAACGGCUCUGCGCAUGCUUGCAUGCUGGAGCUCUAGCAACUGGAUGUGAAUUGAAUCUGAAAGACGAAACGGCCUACUCGGACCUUCUUAUCAAUGACACAUUGUGUGGACUGUAUCAAAGCCACAUGACCGGUUAUUCCCAGAAUAUCCUGAAAGUAGACCCUGAAUACAUCCAGGCUUCGUCGGACUUUGGCGAUUCAAGGAAAAAGGGGGUAGUCACUCACCACUGGUCUUUCACCGAAGCUGCAGGAAGUGAUGUGGCUUUUCAAAUUUGUCUUACGGUCGGAAAGUGCCUUGCUCUAUGUGCGUGGGAACUAUUGUCUGACGAUAGCAAGUAUGAGGCUGCUGUGACAGACUGGAAAAUUGCCAGGUCCGAGUAA